AUGAUGGAGUUUCUUGUUCGUGUCACUAAAUGUUCAUUGGCUCAAGGCCACAUUACAUUCCUGUACCUGAAGUUUCUAGUGGUCUGGGCUCUAGUGCUGCUGGCAGACUUUGUGCUGGAGUUCCGCUUUGAGUACCUCUGGCCUUUCUGGCUCUUCAUUCGCAGUGUUUACGACUCCUUCAGAUACCAGGGCCUGGCUUUCUCAGUGUUUUUUGUGUGUGUGGCAUUCACAUCAGAUAUUAUAUGUCUGCUGUUCAUCCCAGUGCAGUGGCUGUUCUUUGCAGCCAGCACAUAUGUGUGGGUGCAGUACGUCUGGCACACAGAACGAGGGGUCUGCCUCCCCACUGUGUCGCUAUGGAUACUUUUUGUUUAUAUCGAGGCAGCUAUCAGAUUUAAAGAUUUGAAACACUUCCACGUGGACUUGUGUCGUCCGUUUGCAGCGCACUGCAACACCAAAAUAACAGCAUCCAAAAAGCAACACAACCACAACCAGAACCAUCACAGCAGCACCAGCAGCAGCAUCUUACUGUCAGUGGACAGUAAAGCUCAGGAGAUGGAAUACAUGGAGAACCACGUGAACAGUAAGAGACUGAGCAGCUCAGACCUGCUGGGCAGCACUGAGAACCUGCUGAAAGAGGAACACUCUUCAUCCUCCUCCUCUUCCUCCUCCUCUAACUCCAACAAAAAUUACAAAAAUGCCAGCGGAGGAGGAGGGGGAGGGAGCUCCUCGCCCCGGGGGCACGGAACGGCCAAUGGCAGCGUGCCGUCUUCCUCCGGGCCUUCGUCGUCCACCUCUUCCUCGGGUAAGGGGGACAGGAAACAGAAGUGUGGAGGAGGGAAGAACUCGGCGUCAAACAGAGACCCUGUGGAAAACUGCAUUCCCAACAAUCAGCUGAGCAAACCCGAAGCGCUCGUCAGGCUGGAGCAGGAUGUUAAGAAGCUGAAGGCAGACCUGCAGGCUAGCAGACAGACAGAACAGGAUCUGCGCAGUCAGCUGGGCUCUCUAGGCAGCUCUGAACGCAGCAUACGCUCUGAGCUCGGACAGCUGCGGCAGGAGAAUGAACUACUGCAAAACAAACUUCAUAACGCCGUGCAGGCGAAGCAGAAGGACAAGCAGACAGUGGUGCAGCUGGAGAAGCGUCUGAAGGCAGAACAGGAGGCUCGUGCUGCGACAGAGAAACAGUUAGCAGAGGAAAAGAAACGCAAGAAGCUGGAGGAGGCCACAGCAGCCCGUGCAGUCGCUCUCGCUGCGGCAACCAGAGGUGAGUGCACAGAGUCUCUGAGGAGGAGGAUUUCUGAGCUGGAGACGGAGUGUAAGAAACUCACGCUUGACAUCAAGGUGAAAGAAGAUCAAGUCAGAGAGCUGGAACUCAAAGUUCAAGAGCUACAUAAAUAUAAGGAAAAUGAGAAGGACACAGAAGUUCUGAUGUCAGCGCUGUCAGCGAUGCAGGAUAAGACCCUGCACCUGGAAAACAGCCUCAGUGCUGAGACCCGAAUCAAGCUGGACCUCUUCUCUGCCCUCGGAGAUGCUAAGAGACAGCUGGAGAUCGCACAAGGUCUUCCAUCACACUCUUUUAGAGGUGAGUGCACAGAGUCUCUGAGGAGGAGGAUUUCUGAGCUGGAGACGGAGUGUAAGAAACUCACGCUUGACAUCAAGGUGAAAGAAGAUCAAGUCAGAGAGCUGGAACUCAAAGUUCAAGAGCUACAUAAAUAUAAGGAAAAUGAGAAGGACACAGAAGUUCUGAUGUCAGCGCUGUCAGCGAUGCAGGAUAAGACCCUGCACCUGGAAAACAGCCUCAGUGCUGAGACCCGAAUCAAGCUGGACCUCUUCUCUGCCCUCGGAGAUGCUAAGAGACAGCUGGAGAUCGCACAAGGUCAAAUUUUGCAGAAAGACCAGGAGAUUAAAGACCUGAAGCAGAAGAUAGCAGAGGUCAUGGCCGUCAUGCCCAGCGUGGUGUAUUCCGCAGAUACGGGCAGCAUGACCCCAGUCACACCCCAUUACUCCUCCAAGUUCAUGGACACCAGUCCGUCAGGACUGGACCCCAAUGCAUCUGUUUACCAGCCCCUGAAAAAAUGAAUGCUUGUUUCCCACCACAACAGACCUACACUCAUUCUUGCAUACACAGACACACACACAUACACAUGGUCUUCUCUGGUUGUUGUUUUUUUAGGCCCAGAUUCAGAUUCAUCUUUGGCAUGUCUGUGGCUCAGAUUGCUUUUUUGUUUUCGUUUUUUCGCCUUCUAUUACUACAGCUACUUGCCUGGUCAGAAGGAUGUUGUAUUGUGUGACUGUAUUUGUUGUAGUAAAAAAAACAAAAGACAAAAAAAGAGGACUUUUAAGGGACGUCACACGUGGAGUAGGAAACCGCAGUUUCUUUUCUCUUGUAAAUGUCUAGAAACCUCACAGAAGUUGGUGAGUAUCUUCCCUCAGUCCAUUCAGAGACCGCUCGCAUCCAUUUUAGUUCCUCUUCUUUGGAUUUCGGCCUUGAUUUUACAGUUUUUUUUAUUUUCGGGGGGAUGCAAAGCAGGGCAAGUGGGAGAUCCGUUGUCCCAGGUGCUCUACCCCAUAUCAGAAGAAGAUUUUUACUCAAGAAUGUCACCUUCUAAUAUGACAAGAAUGUAACGCAAAAAAACAAAACGACCCAGAAACAAUGCGACAAAAUUAUCUCACUUGGAUCAGUAUGUCAGGAUCGGACGACUCCCGAUCUUUAAGGACUCGUUUGACGGACCGAAGCUUCAUCUGGGGAUUGCUGUUCUUCCUCCUGGUACAAAAAGACAAACCUGUGUGCCACAAACACAGUCCAGCAGCGUAAUUCACCAGUUACAGAUAAUCAGUGCCUUCAUAUGGGACCUCAUUAGUGGAACCGAAAGAUCUUCUCCCUCCCUUCGCCACGUCAUGUCUCAACCACAUCCUUUUUGGUCACAUACGGCAAACGGAUCACCAGCCCAUUGGCGUGAUGACUCUGCUCCUGUUUUGGUCCGCGCUUGUGAAUUCGGUCAUUUGUUUACAUUAUUAUUUAUUUAUCCGGCGUUGCACUAUUGCACUGUUGACGAGCUCGCAAGGGAAUAUCUUAAGUAUGAAAACACAGGAUACUUUCCUCUCCUUGUUUUCUUUAUUGUAUUGACCAUCUUUCAGUAUCAGACAGAAGCUAGUCUAGUCCAGUGCCAACUAAAACUGUAAAUUUGUUGAAAAAGAAGUGUGUUCGGUUACUGGCUGGUCCAAUGAUCAGAAGCUAGAGGAGAGUAUUAUUGCUAUUAUUAUAUAGUUUGUGUCUUGUUUUCUGAGAAAUACUUGGUUGUCCCACUUGAUGGCGCCGUUGUGUUCAGAAAGUGUUGCUACUUUAAA